AGUCUGUAUCGAACAGGUGUCCGAGGUCACCAUUGCUGUUGGCUUAUUUUAGGCCAACUCCGACCCGCACCCAAACCCUCACUCGCCACCGGCGGCGGCGACCACCCCACCGGCCGCCGCGCUCGUGCCGCCCCGCCGCCUUUGGAGGAUCAGUCGCCGCUGCCAUACCCUCCCCCUCCCGCUCCGCCCACCACCGCUGUGCCCUAGAGCUGCCGCCGUGGUUCAACUUAGCUUCGUCGUCGUCGCCGAGGUCCCUCCUGUCCCCACCCCGUCCUCGGUCCUGGACAUGCUUUGUGAGUGGAAUCUGAAGUUCCAGCCAAGAUCUCAACCCGGUUAUAUUAUUGGGAGAGAGGUACCAACAGUUGCAAUUGACUGAUGGAUGGGUCUAAAUGUAGUGCGGAAGAAGACAUCUAUCAUGUGAUAGGUGACUCAAGAUCACCAAAAGUUCCAAGGAGAAGUCCUGAUGAUUCCAAGGAUACGAGGGGAAGGGGAAGAGAGGACAAGAAUGACUGGGACUCGUCAAGAAGCGAAACUUCUGCAGAUAGGACUGAUACAAGAGAUGGUGGCUAUUCUUCUGAGCACAAUAAGCAUACAAGUGCAAACAAGAUGAUUCAUGACCACAGAAAUGAGUCGGGUGAAAGUAGAAAAGGUGUAUAUUCUAGUAGUUUAAGGGGCGGGAUGUCUGGUUGCAUCAGUGAUGGUAACAGAUCAGCAGAUCAAAGUCAUCAGAUUGGAUUACAUUUGUUAAAAGAUGGUACACAUAGUGAACCUGGACCACAUGAUUUGAGGAUGCAUGGUACCAAGUCUGAUGAAAAAGAAGAGAUUCUUGGACAUCAAAUGGAAUACACACAUCAAAGCAAGGGUGCUUUGGAAAAUAAAGAGACAUCGGCCAAAUUGGAUGAUCAUGGAUGGGAGUCAUCAGGGGCUGGAAGCAAUAGAGAAGCUAGACAGGGUCAACUGUCACAAAUACCAGAUAAGCCUGGCAGAUACCAAAGUGAGAACAAUGAGUAUGGUCAAGGCCAUGCAGACUUGGAUAAUGAACGGACUGCUGGUACAAAAGAUGAAACAAGAGUGGAUGCCCAUCGGGAUGAAUCAGAUAAAGGGAGGGACAACAGUUGGAAUGAGAAAACCCGAGAGGUCGAAGGAUCUAAGGAGUACUUGAGGAGCCAUCAGUGGCGAGAUCCUAAGGAGGCAAAUGACUCUGAAUGGAGGGGCACACAGGAAAGGUCAGAUGGUGCGAGUUUCCAUGGUCGGGCUGUGUUCCGACGAGAUUCCAGGGGUAGAUCUGAAAGUGUUAGAGGUCCUUCAACCUAUGGAAUUCGGUAUGAAAGUUCUGAUUCAAUAGAAAUCCGACCAAAUAGCACUUUUGAUUUUGGGCGAGAGGGCCCUGUUUCUGGAAAAAAAUCUGAUGUGGGGUCUCAUCGGGAUUUAAUACCUGGAGCAAAUGAUGAUAAAUGUGGCAAUCACCCUGAAGCAGAUCAAAGUGGUAGCACCACCAUAGUUUCUCCAUUUUCUCAGCAAGGUCCUAGAGGUGAUAGACCCUCUAGAGGAGGAAGGGGGAGGCCAAAUGGAAGGGAUUCUCAGAGAAUUGUUCCAGUGCCACUAAUGCCGCCACCUUCAUUUGGUGCACUCACUCUCCCACCGGGACCAAUGCAGCAUAUGGGGCCCAAUAUUCCCCAUUCUCCAGGUCCUCCUCUUCUACCUGGUGUUUUCAUGCCGCCGUUUCCCGGACCUAUGGUGUGGCCUGGAGCACAAGGUCUUGAUGUGAAUAUGCUCUCUGUUCCACCUAACCUUCCCAUCCCUCCUCUAGUUGCUGCUGAGCAUAGGUUCAAUCCAAGUAUACGAGGUGGACCUGGUCAUAAUAUUCACUUAAACCAAAUUGGCACAGGACCAACAAAUGUGCCAGGGUUGGGUUUCAAUCAAAUGAGCACACAAGGUCGUGAAAUGCCACAUGAUAAACUAUCUGCAGGUUGGGUGCCACAUAGGCAUAAUGGACCGACCAGAAAAGCUCCUUCAAGGGGUGAACAAAAUGAUUACUCGCAGAACUUUGUGGACACUGGCAUGCGACCUCAAAAUUUUAUUAGAGAACUGGAUCUUACAAGUGUAGCAGAGGACUAUCCAAAAUUGAGAGAACUAAUACAGAGGAAGGACGAAAUUGUUGCUAACUCUGCUUCACCGCCGAUGUAUUACAAGUGUGAUCUGCGGGAACAUGUUCUUUCUCCAGACUUUUUUGGCACGAAAUUUGAUGUCAUUCUUGUGGAUCCACCAUGGGAGGAGUAUGUUCAUCGCGCACCAGGAAUAACAGACCACAUAGAGUAUUGGAACGCUGAUGAGAUUAUGAAUUUGAAGAUUGAGGCUAUAGCUGAUACCCCCUCUUUUCUCUUCCUUUGGGUUGGUGAUGGUGUAGGUCUUGAACAGGGCCGUCAAUGUUUAAAGAAGUGGGGAUAUCGUAGGUGUGAGGAUGUUUGCUGGGUGAAAACGAACAAGAAAAAUGCAUCACCAGGUCUGCGGCAUGAUUCUCAUACUUUAUUGCAGCAUUCAAAGGAGCAUUGCUUGAUGGGUAUAAAAGGAACAGUACGGCGUAGCACUGAUGGCCAUGUCAUCCACGCGAAUAUUGACACGGAUAUAAUAAUAGCUGAGGAACCCACUGAUGGCUCAACAAAAAAACCUGAGGACAUGUACAGGAUCAUUGAGCAUUUUGCUCUUGGAAGGAGGCGUCUUGAACUCUUUGGUGAGGAUCAUAAUAUUCGUCCUGGUUGGCUUACUCUUGGGAAAGAUUUAUCUUACUCCAACUUCAACAAAGAGGCAUAUAACAAGAACUUUGCAGACAAGGAUGGGAAAGUAUGGCAGGGAGGUGGGGGGAGAAACCCUCCUCCUGAGGCUCCUCACCUAGUUGUGACAACUCCUGAGAUUGAGGGCCUUAGGCCGAAGUCACCCCCACAAAAGAAUUGACAACAGCUGCCAAUAUCUCCUCUGAAGGCUUUGCAACUGUAUUGCUGGAAAAUCCCCAGGGAGCUCAGUGACCAUGAUCGUUCGAAAGUUGCAAAUGCUAGCUACAUCUUUGACAACUAUAAGCUCUAACGCCUUGUAUGGAAGGUUGCCUGGAUGGCUGGAUGUCAUAGGGAAUGUCAUUCUCAAAGAAUGAACGAUUUAAUGCAGCAGGUUCAAACAAUAAACAUGAUGUUUCCGGCUGUAGCAUGCCGUAGCUAUAGCAAGUUAGCAACUCUGUUACAAGCAAACCAUUCUCUUUAUCUCUUUGAUGCGUAUUAUAACUUCGUUGAAGGAAAAUGUCAUAUCUGCCUUGUUCUUGUUUGCUAA